AUGCCUCCAACCGAGCUUCCGUGCCCCGCCCCCUCCCCGCCCGCGCGCCACAAGACCCUCGCCUGCCGGAGGCUGCAACGGCCGCUGCGCGACGUAGUUCUCCGUUGUGCCGCGUGGGGAGAUGGCUGCGCUGCUGCAUGGAGAGAUGCGGAGCGCUCUAGCGGCUUGGGGAGGAACUUCGUCGACGGAGCACUUUCGUGACGAGGUGCUGGCCAUCUCGAGAAGGUGGUGCUGCGCGCAGACGACCUGCUGGGCUGGAUCACGGACGAGGUGCGCUGGCCGCGCGGGCUGCCGGCCGUGUGGGAGCGCGAGUGCCCGGGCCCCGCGCUGGCCGAGCGCGCACUCGUCUCCUCGCUGCUCGUCGACUCCGCGCUCGACCUGCAGGACGUGCUCAAAGGAGAAGAGCCUGCUCGGU